AUGGCCACUUGGCUCGCGGCAGAGUACUCCGGGACCGACCGUGACAUUGACCAGGAGUUUUCCGAUGUUGUAUUUGCCGCGACCAUUGUCGCCAUCAUCGGCUCGUUCAUCAGCAUUGUGGGGUCUGUGCUCAUGAUGGUCGCCCUCCACAUUAGCAGCGUUUCUGCCUACUAUGUGGUGGUUAGCCGUCAACGGUGGUGGAAGUUUUUCCAAAUAGACGCUUGGUGUGGCAUCGGUCUCAUGGUUCUCUUCGCCAUCAUCUGGACUGCCGUACUACUGGAUGCCGUUAUUCAAGGUAAAUCUGUUUCAGUCAACAUUAACUGGCUCCAUUUUGUUAUUUGGUUCGCCCUCGAUAUCAUUGCCCUAUGCAUCUUUAUCGGCGCCAUCUAUGUUAGGUCAAAGUUCAAAGAAAGGAGCGAUCUUGUCCCGGGAAAUCUUGUGGCUCUUAUUCUCACUGCCUCGUUCCUCGAACUUGUCCGUUGCAGCUACUGGUGCGGUAUUGUAAGGCAAGCCAUGCGAGAUGAUACCUCAGACACAGGAUACCACGCUCGUCUCAUCCUCGAUCCAAUCUUCAGCCACUGGGUCCAAGCAACCGUCAUCAUCCUCACCAAUGUUGUCCUCGGCCGGCCGAUCUGGGCCCACGCACCCACAGUCGAUGUACCGCCGCCACAGCAGCCGAUGUACGUCUAUCCCUUUCCAGCUCCGGCUCCGGCUCCAGCUCCAGCUCCCUAUCCGGCGCAUUACUCAAUGUACGGCUAUCCCCAACCGUAUGCCCAGCCUGCGGAAACUUCAUAUUCUGCUCAGGGGUAUUAUGCGUCAACGGGGCAAUCUAAGCCUUCUCCGGCUCCUGUCUCUCCUCCGGUCGCAGCGCCUGCUGCUCUAGCCACCCCUCCGCCCCUUGCGAACCAACCGAUGCCCUCUAUGUCGACGGGCUCCACUCUGACCCAGCCUCUGGCGCAUAUUUAUGAGGCUGACAAUGGGAGUGUGCCGAGGACGGAAUUACCUGCUGAUCCUGCGCAUAUGAGAUGA